CUUGCAUCAUCUUCUCAAGCGGACUCUGUCCGCAAUCCCGCACAAAGCUACGCGUGGUCGCAAUGAGCCACCGAGGCAAGAUUCUCAUACAACCCACUCCUGGGACGGCAAGACGGUCUUGUCAGGCAUGCAAGCUGAAAAAGCGGCGUUGUACACGGGAGCUACCAGCAUGUAGCCUGUGCCUUCGGUAUGACAGUCUCGGUGCUAAUGUCUGGACUAUAAGGCGGCGCCGAAAAUGUCUAUACCAGCCAGCUGAACAAGCGGAAACCCAAUCAUCAUUACCACCUAAAGAAGCGGAUAUUCUGCGAAAUGAUUCAUCAUUAUUGAGAAAUAGCUUUCCGGUUGCCGUUCUUCUCGACCCACUACUUUCCACCCACUGCGAACUGACAAUCCCUCGCCCUUGUAUAUCACUUUCUCCCGCUGUUCACCAUAUUCUAGGCGAUCACAUUCACAGAAGAGCUCUAGCUGAUGAAUAUUUCCGUACUGUUCACCGAUGGAUACCAAUCAUCUCUCGGACGCGGCUGUAUGGGUCGCUCAUGGAUCCAUCACACCACACUGAUCCCGAUGUGGCUAUUGUUCUUCUAGGAAUUAAGUUGAUUACCAGUCGCCCGAAGAAUUACAGUUUGUCUUCCGAACUUUACACUCUCGUGAAAGAGACCUUGUUGCACGCAGAGAUGAUGGGUUACGUUAGCAUCCAUACGAUUCAAUCAGCAAUUUUAACCGCCGUGUAUGAGAUAGGGCACGCAAUCUAUCCUGCAGCUCUGACCACUAUCUCAUCAUGUGCUCGUCACGCAGUUUCUUUGGGAAUAACUCAAGCAUAUCCAGUUCAGGGGAGUAGAUGGAUUGAGCAAGAGGAGCGGAAUCGUAUAUGGUGGGCAAUAUUGAUGUUAGAUCGUACUACGAAUAUGCCUCUAAAUGGAAAUCAUUUGUGCACCCCAGACCCAGAUUCUGAAUCAAUCUUACCUGUAGACGACGAUGAUUGGGAUCGAGGGGUGCUCUCAAUAGACAUAUAUCGAACCUUGUCUUCUCCACCAACCUUGAAAACAGGUCGAUUCGCACGCCUCGCUCAAGCCAUCAAUCUUCUAAGCCAAGUACUACGACAAAUCCCAAACAAGGAGGAUAAAAUGCAGCUUACUCCGAGCGAUAUGAUGCCAUUAGACAGGACUCUAUUUGCACUCGAGCGCUUGAUUGAAAUUGAAGAAGCGCAGAGAGGCAUGAUAUUCUGCUGUGGAAUUGCUAUUUGCUAUAAAAGCGCACUAUUACUUAUACAUACAGUAGUCCUGGCCAAUUCACUCAAAUCUUCGCCCAAGGAAAGCCAGGAUACUUCAUACCUCUCACUUCAAGCAACGUUAGCAAACACUUUGCGUAAUGCUCAGAGAUUUCGCAGCGGUGAGUGGGGGACGCUCGAUGACACUUCUCCCUUUGUGUUGGAGUGGAUCUACCGGUCUGUCACGUCGUUGAUGUCUCUCGGUCCCGAGGCCGACUUCUGCGAUACAAACCAGGGCAUCAAUUCAUUACGGGCAAUUUUGGAAGUAAUUGGCGAAAGAUGGCGGGCUGCCAGUGAGUUCUUCCUCCCGGUGCAAUGA